AAUUAAUAUUUUUCUGCUUUGCCAUUGCCAUAAUCUUAACAAAUGGAAAUAAAACGUUGGAGGAAAGUCAUUCGACAUCAGUCUCGGGAAUGGUGAAGCUGAUCCUGCUGGAGGCCAAACUAAUCGAAAAUCUCAACAGAUAUACAGAUGAACUAAAGAGAAAAUUGGAUAUACUGAAAAGAGUCGUUCCACGAUUGCGGGCCGAAAGCGAUAAGGGCAUGACUCAAAAGGAAGAUUAUAUUUCGAAUCCUUUGAAUGCCUUUUCCCUGAUACGCCGCAUGCAAGAGGAUUGGAUUGAUUGGAAGGUGUUCAUUGAGGAGCCCGUGGGUUGGUCGCACAUCUUCUAUCUAGCCCAGUACAAAUCAGAGCUGCCGAGUCCGACUGAUCUUAGGGAGGCUUGUGAGGCAAUUCAACGCUUGAGCGAUGUGUACAAUUUGUCAAUUGGAGACAUGGUCAAGGGAUUGCUCAACGGAAAGCAGUACGAAUCAAGUCUAAAUGCAAUGGACACUUUUAGGAUUGGCCAAUUCCUGCAUCAGCACAGAAAACCACAUUUGGCCAGGCAAUGGUUUGCCGAGACUGGCAAAUGGCUAAUUUCCAAUCAGACAACUCCAACUCUAUUGGGAGCUGAUCCUGAGAGAUUGAUGUAUUUCUUGGCCAGUGCAUUUGCUAAAAAUAAGUAUUAUUCGAUUGCUGUUCCCAUUUUGGAUCAUGCUCUGAUGAUGGGAAAUCAAGCAAUGAAAACCCAAGUAUUCAAUUUGAGAUCUUACGUCCACAAUAUGAUCAGAAAUGAACCCAAUUUAAAGCCUGUUGCCAAAGAGAAUAUCGCUUCAUAUUCUUUAGGUUGUCGAGGUCAAUUUGUGCCACAAUCAAAUCUGCACUGCGAAUAUAAAAUGAAGACUUCGCCGUUUCUACGACUGGCACCCCUCAAGAUGGAAAUUGUUCUGCUUAAUCCAUUUAUAGUUGUGUUCCAUGAUGCAUUGUCUCCCCAGGAAAUCGAUUAUCUCCAGAAUCUUGCCCGACCAUUGCUGAAGCGGACAACUGUCCAUGUGAAUGGCAAAUAUGUUUCGAGAAGAGUGCGAACCUCGAAAGGAGCCUGGCUGGAAAGGGAUCUCAACAAUCUCACAAGGCGCAUCGAAAGACGAGUUGUGGACAUGACUGAGUUGAGCAUGCAGGGCUCUGAGGCAUACAAUAUUAUGAACUAUGGCUUGGGUGGACACUAUGCGGCUCACUACGAUUUCUUUAAUACCACAAAGCAACAAACAAGUGAAACUGGUGAUCGCAUUGCAACUGUGCUGUUCUAUUUGUCUGAUGUGGAGCAGGGAGGCGCCACAGUAUUUCCAAAUCUGAAACUGGCUGUCAGUCCAGAGCGUGGAAUGGCUCUCUUCUGGUAUAAUCUGCUAGACAAUGGAACUGGCGACACGCGAACCCUUCAUGGAGGCUGUCCAGUUCUUGUGGGCUCCAAGUGGGUGAUGACCCUCUGGAUACAUGAACGUGCUCAACUUUUUACUAGACCUUGUCUAAGCCGAUGCGCUAAUUGAAUAUAGUUGAAAUCAACUAUCAGGUGUGAAUAUACAUAUCGUUUAUUAGGGAUUUCGGCAACGCUCUUUUCCAACUUAGACUCCUGAGUGUCCCACACGUAUGCAGGAUCAUAGACAAACAAAUUUUCGACGUAAUCACUUUACACACUUAACAAAAAACCUAUACCCUUCCCCUCUUGCUACUAGUGGCUUAAAUGCUUUUUAAAACGCCAACAUGAAAAAAAUAAAGUGCUGAGUGGUUGAUAGUCGAAGCUUUCGCACUUUGGGCUUAAUUUUUUUGUUUUUACUUCUUUUUUGUUGGGGACUAGGUAAAAAACACCCAAGCAACCGCAGUCGAACACAAUUUUAGCAUACUCCUAGGCGCCACAGACCAAAGUCCAUAGCCCCCCAACACUCCACACCCUUCCCGUUCAGGCAGGCGUCUGGUGUCUGACACCGCGUACGUGAUGUGCAACUUAAUGUUUCAAUUAGAGGUAAAGUGGCGCCCACGUUGGUAGCGUCUACACCUCCCUACCUCUCUCUCUCUCUCUCUACCCGCUUAGAUUAUCGUCCUUAUCAUCCUGUGUGUGCGAGUGUAUGUGUGUGUGUGUAUCAGUGUCAGCAUCUCUAUAUCAGUCUGUGCACUUAUCUGCUUUUAAAAGUUUUAAUAAUGAACUGACGCUUACCACCGAGAAACGU